GACCACACACCUACACGCUCAAUCCGUGGGACCCACCGACACCGAGCAUGACGGAUCCCAUCGACGUCGAGCCUACGGAGGUGCUGCCGGCCGCGACCACGGAGAAGCAGAUGAAGUGGAACGUCGACUUCCGCGCCGAGAUCAUGCUUCAGCAGGUCAGCUUCUCGGGCGUCAAGGCCUGGAUGACCCACCACACGAACGUCAAGGGGAGCAAGGAGCGUCAGUACAACCGCAAGGAGGAGUGGGAGUCCAUCGUCACGCUGGUCAAGAAGUCACCGGCGUUCAAGACCUUUGCCUGGCCGAAGGACGAGCAGGCCAUCAUCCAUUGGAUCGAGCGCCAGCUCGCCGCCAACAAGCACCUCUGGACGCCGAGGAUGGAGCACAACGAGCCCGCCGAGGCCGGCACUGAGGGCACCAAGUCCGAGGUGGCGCUCACUGAGUUCCAACAGCUGCUUCUGGAGAUCAACGAGCACAAGAAGGAGGCCGACCGCAUCACCGCCGAGAACAAGGCGGGCAAGGACAAGGCCGGCGAGCUCAGCGGUGCAAAUAAUAAUAAUAAUAGUUCUAAUAAUACUUCGAAUAAUAAUAAUAAUUGUAGAGAGAGAGUUUUUUAGGAAUACA